AUUUGCAAAAACAAAAAUUGUUCUCCUAUUAUUACUCUAAAAUCCCCAAAAUACCCUCAAUUUACUCAUAAAUCAUAAUGUGAAAUUGGGUAGAAAUUGUUUUCUCUCUCAAAAGUCACAAAGGAAUACAAGAAUAAAACAGUAGUGGUCUUUACAUUCUCCAGUCCACUAAGAGAGUGAAAUUGGAAGAAGGUUCUUGUUGAUUAUGGCUAUGGAGGCACCUUGGCUGCAGGAAUUAUUGGCGACUACCUCUGUUUUCUCUGAAUCUGAGAUUGCAGAGAUGGAGAAUUUAUUCAGGCAAGUUAGAAAAGAGGCGUUGACUCAAGAAUUUUAUCAAGACCUUGCAACAAGUUUCAGUUCCUCUACUUGUCGCAUCGGAAAACCAUCCAUAAGUUGGCAACAGGUGCAUAAUUGGUUCCAAGAUAAACAGAAGGGUACAUUUUCAGUUAUAAAUACACCUAUGUCAACGUUGUCAAGUAAAGCACCUGAGACUUCAAUGGUACUUAAAGGUGGAACAGCUUCAGAACUUGCAGACUUGGCUUUUGAGGCUAAAUCUUCAAGAGAUAAUGCAUGGUAUGAUGUUGGUACAUUUCUCAACUACAGAGUUCUAUGUUCUGGCGAACUUGAAGCUCGUGUCAGAUUUGCGGGUUUUGGGGUCUCCCAUGAUGAAUGGGUGAAUGUAAAAAUUGGAGUGCGUGAACGUUCAAUCCCUCUAGAACCUUCAGAGUGCCAUAAAAUUAAGGUUGGCGACCUUGUGCUGUGCUAUCAGGAAAGACUGGAUUAUGCUGUAUAUGUUGAUGCACAUGUCAUGGAAAUCCAACGGAUGUUGCAUGACAUAAAGGGAUGUCGAUGCAUCUUUGUGGUUCGAUUUGAUGAUGAUAAGACUGAGGAAAAGGUCCAGCUGAGCAAGAUAUGCUGCAGGCCAAAGUAAAAGUCUGCAUUGAAAUUAGCUGUGCCAGAACUAGAAAUUACAAUUGAGACAUCAACAUUUUCCAUGUAACAAUAGGGGCAGGUUGCUAUUUGGUGCUUCAACUGGUAACACCAUUCGCUGUAUAAAGUAGAAUUAAUAUCCUUUGUGAUAUAAUCAAACCGGAAAACAAGCUUAAUGAUUUUAAUCUUAUGGAGAAUGCUUACUGUUUAAUCAA